AGCCGAUGCGAGAUGGAGAAAUAUUUGACCCAGCAACUUCCUCCCUUGCCCCCACUUUCCGAGCACAAAAAGUAUCGCCGGGACAGUGCCUCGGUGGUGGAUCAGUUCUUCACCAACGGUGACGGUGUGCCUUACAGCGUCAACAUGAACCUCUACUUGCCGGAUCUGUCCCAGUUAAGGACGGGCCUCUUCAAAGCCCCGAGAGGCCCCGCGACCCACAUCAAGACAGAGCCGGUCGGUGCCUUCAGCCACCAGAGUGAGGCAGCUCCUGGGGUCCCCAACUCCGCCCAGGCUCUCCCUGAGUUUACAAGCAUCUUCAGCCCCCACCAGGCUCCGGAUGUCAACAGCCUCUUCAUCAAGCAGGAGAUGUCUGCCUCCGAUCUAGGCCUCUCUGUGCCUGGGCCCCAGCAAGGCCAGCUGUACCAGCUCCUCAGCUCUCCCGAUUUAGACCUGCCGAAUGGGGCAGGGAUGGACUCCCUUAGCAACGUCUCCCUGUCUUCCUCCAUGACAGGCCUGAACACCCUCUCUCCAGCCAUGCCCCAGAACUCCAUGAAACAGUUCCAUGGGGUGCCUCCCUGCACAUACGCCAUGCCCAGUCAGUUUCUGCAGCAGCCAGCCACCUACUUCCCCCCUUCGCCGCCGAGUUCGGAACCUGGCAGCCCCGACCGACAGGUGGAAAUGAUGCAGAAUUUAACACCGCCUCCGUCUUACGCUGCCACCAUCGCUUCCAAGUUGGCCAUCCACAACCCGAACUUGAAUGCGAGCAUGCCCAUGAAUUCGCCGAGCAUCCCAACCAUCAGAUAUAAUCGGAGGAGUAACCCCGACUUGGAGAAGAGGCGGAUUCAUUACUGUGACUACCCUGGUUGCACUAAAGUGUACACAAAAUCUUCCCACUUAAAAGCACACCUGCGAACUCACACUG